GUUUCGUUUCUUCAUUGUAGUUUUCGUUGGGAAACAGUCUGCAACCAAACCACGAGCAAAUCAGAAAUCAUCGAAGGACGAGGCAACAGCUCUCUGCUACCUUCUGCCUCUAACGCCUUCUCGCUGCCGCUGAGCGUCUCCUUCGAGAGUGAGGAGUUCGGCGCCAGUUAAGAUCAUAGAUUUCCGGCACCUUGAUCAAAAGUCAAUAAAGACCUGCAGCUAACAAGUUUUAACAACACUUAAAAAGGAGCUGGAUCGUUAUACUUCCUCCCUAUUGUGAUAAGAUGAAUGGGACUAAGAGUGGCACUCACACGAAAAAUCCAUCUGUUAGCUCACUUCCCCUCAUUUUGGAUGUUGAAGACUUUAAGGGCGAUUUUUCCUUUGAUGCAUUGUUCGGAAAUUUGGUGAAUGAGCUCCUUCCAUCAUUUCAAGAGGAUGAAACUGAUUCAAUAGAAGGACACAACAUUAGCAAUGAUGCUUUUCCUAAUGGGCAUUUACGGGCACCGUCAGAUACAAUYAAAUUCUCCCAAGGGCUGUCCACUCCUUUGUUUCCAGAAGUUGACAARCUCUUAGCCUUGUUCAAGGAUUCUAGCCAAGAGUUGGUUGAUCUUCGGAAACAGAUCGAUGGUAAACUUUACAAUCUCAAGAAAGAAGUUGCUGCCCAAGAUUCCAAGCAUCGCAAGACACUUGCUGAGUUGGAAAAAGGUGUAGAUGGCCUGUUUGACAGUUUUGCAAGGUUAGAUUCACGUAUCUCAAGUGUUGGACAGACUGCUGCAAAAAUAGGAGAUCAUCUUCAGAGUGCAGAUGCCCAAAGGGAAACUGCUAGUCAAACAAUAGAGUUGAUAAAGUACUUGAUGGAAUUCAAUGGCAGCCCUGGUGACUUAAUGGAGCUUUCACCAUUAUUCUCUGAUGAUAGUCGUGUUGCAGAGGCAGCUUCAGUUGCACAAAAAUUGCGUUCAUUUGCGGAGGAAGAUAUUGGACGACAAGGGAUUUCUGUUCCGUCAAUUGUCGGAAAUGCAACUGCCAGCCGAGGUUUAGAAGCUGCAGUUGCUAACCUUCAGGAAUACUGUAAUGAAUUGGAAAAUAGGUUGCUCUCUCGUUUUGAUGCAGCAUCACAAAGAAGAGAAUUAUCAACUAUGGCUGAAUGUGCUAAAAUUCUGUCACAGUUUAAUAGAGGUACUAGUGCCAUGCAACAUUAUGUGGCAACACGUCCCAUGUUUAUUGAUGUGGAAAUUAUGAAUGCGGACACCAGAUUGGUCCUCGGUGAGCAGGGUUUGCAGGCCACUCCGAGCAAUGUUGCUCGUGGGCUAUCUUCCUUGUACAAAGAAAUUACAGAUACUGUAAGAAAAGAAGCUGCAACGAUAAUGGCCGUAUUUCCUUCUCCCAAUGAUGUUAUGUCAAUCUUAGUCCAGCGUGUAUUGGAGCAACGAGUUACGGCCCUUUUAGACAAGUUAUUAGUGAAGCCAUCCCUUGUGAAUCUACCUCCAAUAGAAGAAGGCGGGCUUUUAUUAUACCUUAGAAUGAUGGCAGUGGCAUAUGAGAAGACGCAGGAGCUUGCUAGAGACCUACGAGCUGUUGGGUGUGGUGACUUGGAUGUCGAGGGCCUCACAGAGUCCUUGUUUUCUGCUCACAAGGAAGAGUAUCCCGAGCAUGAGCGGGCAUCUCUCACRCAGCUGUAUCAGGCUAAGAUGGAAGAGUUACGUGCUGAGAAUCAGCAGGUUCCUGAGUCGUCUGGUACUAUUGGACGUUCGAAAGGGGCUUCAAUAGCAUCUUCACCUCRGCAAAUUUCUGUCACUGUUGUUACAGARUUUGUGCGAUGGAAUGAGGAAGCAAUUUCUAGAUGCACUUUAUUCUCAUCUCAACCUGCUACUUUGGCGACCAAUGUAAAAGCUGUGUUUACUUGUCUGCUUGACGAAGUCAGUCAGUAUAUUACAGAUGGGCUUGAACGGGCUAGGGAUAGCUUGACCGAAGCAGCKGCUUUGAGGGAAAGGUUUGUGCUGGGUACAAGUGUUAGUAGAAGAGUGGCUGCUGCAGCUGCUUCUGCAGCRGAAGCAGCUGCAGCAGCUGGUGAAAGCAGUUUCCGAACUUUCAUGGUUGCUGUACAACGUUGUGGUAGUAGUGUGGCAAUAGUCCAGCAAUAUUUUGCAAACUCAAUUUCCAGGCUCUUGCUUCCUGUGGAUGGUGCCCAUGCUGCUUCGUGCGAAGAGAUGUCAACAGCUAUGUCUAGUGCAGAGGCUGCAGCUUAUAAAGGACUUCAACAGUGCAUUGAAACUGUAAUGGCUGAGGUUGAGCGGUUGCUUUCAGCUGAACAGAAGGCUACUGAUUAUAAGUCUCCUGAUGAUGGAAUUGCUCCUGAUCAUCGGCCAACAAAUGCCUGCACUAGAGUUGUGGCUUACCUUUCUCGCGUGCUUGAAUCUGCUUUUACUGCCCUUGAAGGUCUUAACAAGCAAGCAUUCUUAACUGAGCUGGGAAAUCGGUUGCACAAAGGCCUCCUGAGCCACUGGCAGAAGUUCACUUUUAAUCCUAGCGGAGGACUACGUCUGAAGCGUGACAUAAUAGAGUACGGAGAAUUUGUGCGCAGUUUUAAUGCUCCUUCUGUCGAUGAGAAAUUUGAGUUACUGGGCAUCAUUGCCAACGUCUUUAUUGUUGCUCCUGAAAGUCUCUCAUCUCUGUUUGAGGGCACCCCAAGUAUUCGGAAAGAUUGUCAAAGGUUUAUCCAGCUUAGAGAUGAUUACAAGAGCGCAAAACUCGCAGCCCGACUUAGUUCUCUGUGGCCAAGCUCAAGUUGAUAGGAAAUCGGCCUUAAAUCCGAGCUAUGACCUUGUAAGUCUCAUACUUUAGCAUCCAUCAAGCUCUCUAUAAGCUGCGUGACCUAAUAGUUGCCCSAAUUAGUUGGAUUUCCUGAUAGAGUUGGAAAUCUGUCCACAGCUUCUGAUGGAUAGAAAAGUUGAGCGAAUAGAUUUUUCGGGUUCCUAUCGUUUUGUUACUGUUUAUUAUUAUAUUCUUUUAGAAAAUCWAACUCUUAAUAUAUUUUUCUUAAGUUAGGAAAGUAUGGCGAUAGUUUUACUUUUACCAUUAAGAUUCAAUUUAUAGGUUGGUUUGUGGGACAGUUAACUUUAGGGAAGGGAACUCAGUUAUCUCCCAUGCUUGUUCUUGUAAGUUGUAAAUGAUUUUUCUUUUCUUUUUGACCUGUGGGGUUCUGACAACCAUAAUCUAGUGGGAUGAUGGCAAUAAUUUUCAAUUUGUUCAAAUUCUUUCUUUAUAUUCA